AUUGCGGUGGCGUUGGUCCUGACUGCGAGUGCUGAUGCAGUUUCUGCAAGACUAAGCUGAAUGCUUGGAACCCUUGAUAUUUCGCUGUCUAUAGUGCCUGUUGGUGGACUGUACUGAUCAUUCAACUGGGGGCUAAAGGGAAUUGGAUUCCUGCUGCUGACGCACAGUGCAAGCUGUAGUAUCCUUGAAUAAGAUGACAUCCAUCUCCCCAGACCCUCAGACCCUGGCCUCGAGUGAACCAAGCAAGGUCCUAAGAAUGGAUGCUCCAGGGGAUCAAGAAGCUAUCCUGAGAGGAGACAAUAAAGACCCAGAGACUUUCAGACAGAGAUUCAGGUGGUUUUGUUACUCAGAAGUGGCUGGACCCAGAAAAGCCCUAAAUCAGCUCUGGGAUCUCUGCAUUCAGUGGCUGAGACCAGACAUCCACACGAAAGAACAGAUAUUAGAGCUUUUGGUGUUUGAGCAGUUCCUGACCAUUUUGCCUGGGGAGAUCAGGAUUUGGGUAAAGUCCCAACAUCCUGAGAGUAGUGAGGAAGUGGUGACCCUGAUAGAGGAUUUGACCCAAAUGCUUGAAGAAAAGGAAGAUCCAGUCUCUCAAGAGUCUGUUAUUUCCCAAGAGGAGAACCCUGAAGAAAAUAAAAUGGUUUCUGUCCUUCCAAGUACUGAGUCCCGGGAAUCCAUGAUGAUCAAGGACGUGGUUGUGAGCUUUUCCAGAGGAGAGUGGAGGAGGCUAGAGCCUUUUCAGAAGGAACUCUAUAAGGAAGUGCUGCUGGAGAACUUUAGGAGCCUAGAGUUUCUGGGCUUUCCAGUUUCCAAAUUAGAUUUGAUUUCCCAGUUUAAGUGGGUUGAACUGCCAUGGCUGCUGGAAAGAGAAAUCUCAAAAGGCUCCAGACCAGAGUGUGAACCUAGAGGUGAAUUGAAGGAAUCCUCUCGAAAUCAAGAUGUUCUAGAAGAAUCAACUUUAGAUAAAAUAAUAGAAAGAUGCCUAAUGGGUGGUAAUUAUGGCCUGAUGGGAGAGUCCCGGAAACGUAGCAGUAAGGAAUAUUCUCAAGUUGCAGGCACACAAAAGAAAACUCAUGGGAGAGGCAGUAAGGGUGAGGAGUUUGACCCAGAAAAGAGCCCCUUUGGAAGUAAUUUCAAGCAUACCUCAGAAAUAAUUAAACACCUGAGAGUCUACUUAAGGAAGAAGUCUCGGAGGUAUAAUGAAUGCAAGAAACCCUUCAGUUUUCAUUCAGACCUUAUUCUGAACCGCAAAGAACACGCUGGAGAGAAGCCACGGAAAUGUAACGAAGGCAGGAAAGUCUUAGGUCACUCUUCAUCCCUAAGCGAACAUCAGAAACAUCAGAAAAUGCAUUUUGGCGGGAAGACCCAGAAGUGCAGUAAUUGUGGGGUAACCUUUACGCGGAACUCAUCCCUUAAGAGAAAAAACUCCCCUUUGUGUGAAAAAUGUUGGAGAAAUUUAAAUCAAGAUGCAACCUUAGAUAAAGAUGAGGGAGCUGAGAUGGGAGAGAAGACCCAUAAAUGUAGCAAAUGUGGAAAAGCCUUCGGCUAUAGUGCCUCACUGACCAAACAUAGGAGAAUUCACACAGGGGAGAAACCCUACAUGUGCAAUGAAUGUGGAAAAGCUUUCAGUGACAGUUCAUCCCUCACGCCACACCACAGAACCCACAGUGGAGAGAAACCCUACAAAUGUGAUGAUUGUGGAAAAGCUUUCACCCUGAGUGCCCACCUCAUCAAACAUCAGAGAGUUCAUACUGGAGAAAAACCCUAUAAAUGUAAAGAAUGCGGGAGACCCUUCAGUGACAGUUCCUCUCUUAUUCAACACCAGCGAAUUCAUACCGGAGAGAAACCCUACACGUGUAACAACUGUGGAAAAUCCUUCAGUCACAGCUCGUCCCUUUCCAAACAUCAGAGGAUUCAUACUGGAGAGAAGCCCUAUAAAUGCGGUGAAUGUGGAAAAGCCUUUAGACAGAAUUCUUGCCUUACGCGACAUCAGAGGAUCCACACUGGAGAAAAACCCUAUUUGUGUAAUGACUGCGGGAUGACUUUCAGCCAUUUUACAUCCGUCAUUUAUCAUCAGCGGCUUCAUUCAGGAGAAAAGCCCUACAAGUGUAACCAGUGUGAGAAAGCCUUCCCUACCCAUUCACUCCUCAGUCGCCAUCAGAGAAUUCAUACUGGCGUAAAGCCGUAUAAAUGUAAAGAAUGUGGGAAAUCUUUCAGUCAGAGUUCAUCUCUUAACGAGCAUCAUCGGAUUCAUACCGGAGAGAAGCCCUAUGAAUGUAAUUACUGUGGAGCGACCUUCAGCCGGAGCUCAAUCCUUGUGGAACACCUAAAAAUCCAUACUGGGAGGAGAGAAUAUGAAUGUAACGAAUGUGAAAAGACAUUUAAGAGUAACUCAGGCCUCAUCAGACAUCGGGGAUUUCAUUCUGGAGAGUAA